AUGCCUGUACCCGAGUCUUCAUCUGCCUUACCCGUCUACUCCCCCAUUCCUUCCCUGGAGAAACCCCCACAUGAUCCCUAUCGAGCAGAUGGAGGCGAAAGGCUCUCCCAACAUGACUCGGAAGAGAGCGAAAAUGAUCCCUUUCUAUUCGAUGGCUUCCGAGUCCCACUCCGACGGCAUCUACACUGGUUACAGCGAUAUGGACGGCUAGGUGCAGAGGUCCUUCUGGUACUCUUGAACCUUUGUCUAUUGGCAUACCUCGUUUUUAAGCCACAGGUGCCUCUUCUGCUGCGACAGAAGGAGUGUGGACGAUUGCUGGGGCAGUGGUUACCUGGCUGGGAAGACGGCGUUGAAUACGAAGUCCAAAGAUUCAAAGGAAGCUUUGGCAUAAUGAAUGAAUUUACCGGCUAUGGGCCCGAGGUGGACGCUGCUUGGGAUAAUAUUACUGAUGGGCCCACAGGUGGCGCAAUCGGUAUCACGAAGGAACGGUGGGAAGCUGUGAAUCAAUUCCAUGAUUUUCCUGUUAUGCUCGACCAUGACUAUGGCAACGGACAGUACUUGGCUUCGUUGGAUGUGUUUCAUCAGUUGCAUUGUGUGGACCUACUCCGCAAAAACAUCCACCGCGAAUACUACGAUAAGCAUGAAGGUAGCUUUGCGGGGGCUCCCCCACGUGUUAUUGAGGGUCAUCUAGAACACUGUGUCGAGACCCUCCGCCAAACACUAAUGUGUCACGCUGAUAUCUCCCUUCUGACAUAUAACUGGGUCGAGGGCCGCAAUAUGCCAUACCCGAAUUUCAACACCAUCCACACUUGUAAGAGAUGGGAUAAAUUGAUUGAGUGGAAGUCGACUCUGGAUGUCACAGGCGAGUGGAAAGACGGGAAUCUCAUCAAGGAGUAUCAACCUCCGACAAAGCCAGAGGGUGUUGUGGGUAUGAAGGUUCCGCCCUGA